GGUUGAAGCUCCGGGUCACGUGGUGGAACCGGAAGUUAACUGUAGGCAGAUGAAGUCGGUCCAGGUCUCCAGCGGCUCGUCUUUGGCCGGAUCCAGCAGCCCGGUGCUGAUCCGGUUCUGACGGAUCCCCGGUAUUUAGCAUGUGGGGAAGAAAUCAAGACGAGUCCGAUAAAACAGGCUCCCCAGGUUGGGGUUUUGGACCUGACCCGGCCUGGCCCGGUGGUAGUGGGAUGUACGGCGGGCGUAGACGAAGUGCAGUGUCUGACAGUGGCGACACUGGUAUUGGUACUCUGUGCUCGGAUAGUUUGGAAGACGACUCUGGUUCUGGUACCACCCCCCCGUCCCUCCAGCUGUCUUUGCAUCCUCACUCUAGCCGGGAUGACGACAGUGUCCCAGUCGUCGCCAUUACUCCGUCCUCCUCCUUUUCACCUGGUAGUGGUUGCAGAACCCCAGCUUCACCACACAGUGUUGGACGCUGGAGCCAGUCCUGGUACUCUGCAAAACCCAGGACUUCUCAGAUAGGGGCACCCAGUUCUCUGGACCUGCAGGACCCCCAGCCUAUCAGGAGGUGGUCCUCUUUUACAAAGCUGUCAUCAGGAUCUGAGAAGAACCCCACCAGAACAUCAAGCUUCCAGUACAGCCCGGAUGCUCAAGGCUCUCUGGACCGAGGACUACAGUACGGGUCCAGGAAGGCAUGUAGGAGCACCAGUAUGGACCUAUACCUGCCGCUGUCUUCCAUCUCAACGUGCAGCACUACAUUGCAGCGCUCCCCCAGUGCCAGCCCUGCUUCCUGGUACCAACACAGCAGUAGAUCUAUGGGUCUGGACAUGGACCGGUUCCCAUCCUCAGCUCACUCCUCUCCACUAAAACAGAGUCGUCUGGACAUGAAGUACUCUCCAUUACCUGAGCCAAACAUGGUUGGUGGAGGAGGACAAGGGUUUGGACUGAGCUCAGUAGAACGUUCUCUGGCCCAGAAGGGGGAGAGAACUUCCCCAAUCCAGCCGGCUGUUCGAACCCAGAUGUGGCUAGCGGAGCAGAUGGAGUACAGGCCCAAGUCAGAGCCUGGCUCAGACACAGAUGAGCUAUCACCGUGGCAACAAAGACUCAACCAGACGUUGAUGGAGACCCCACUUCCUGUCCACACUCUGAUGAAGGUGAAAGAAGAGCUGCUGCGGCAAAGAGAGCUGGAGAUCCUCAGGCAGAAGCAGCAGAUCCUGCAGCUGCACAUCCAGAUCAGAGAAAAUGAGCUGAGAGCUCAGCAGCUCCUUCAGAACCACAGAGGCUGGACAGACGACCCCCUGAGCCGAAACCCAGAGAAGUCACCAGCCAGGACACUCUGCAAGCAGCCGACUGAUUGGUUGUGCUGCCAUGAAGAAGUUGGAGGGAAACUGGCGUUGGCAGAACUUGAAGUUCUCCACUUGAACAAGUUCUUCAAACAGGUCACCCAAAAAUACACUGAAGACAUGAAAAAACUGGAGGAGAAGGUGAAGACAAGGGAUCGCUACAUCUGCAGCCUGAAGAAGAAGUGUCAGAGGGAGAGUGAGCAGAACCGAGAGAAGCAGCAACGCAUUGAGACGCUGGAGAGAUACCUGUCUGAGCUGCCCACUGUGGAGCAGGUUCAUGAGCGGGCCCAACAGCAGGAAGAUCUGCACCGGAAAGCCCAGGAUCUGCAGAAAACCAUUUCAAAGCUCCAGAAGAACCUGGAAGAACGGCAGUCAUUGAUGAAGGAGAAGGACGCCAUGAUCGAGUCACAGGCCAAGAGAGAGGAGGAGCUGAUGGCAUCUGUACUCAGCCUGCAGGCUAAGGUGCAGCAGUGCUUCAGUGAUGGAGUUAGGUUGCCCGUGCAGGACCUAAAGCAGUUGGAGGGGGAGAACUCUCAUCUCCUGCAGCAGCGGAAUCACAGCAGCCAGAUUUUUAGGCAUCAGAAGGAAGAGAUCGAUAGACUGAGCCUACUGCUCAUGGCUGCCAGAGCCAGGCUGCAAGAGAAACAAGGCAUUUCCCAUCAACACCAGUCACACCAACCAGAGGAAGAAGAAGACAGCCGAGCUCCUUCGUCCAGAGCCGUCCUGCAGAACCAAAUAGAAGACCCAUCUCUGUUUGUGCUAUCUGGUCUGGGCAAGUCUGAAGUGGACCGAUUGUUGAAAGAGAUGUCUUUGUGUCUACUGGACCUCCAGGCUCUUUGCAACAUAUUGGUUCAGAGAGCUCAGGGCGAAGAGCCCAACCUUUCUUUACUUCUUGGCAUAAAGUCUGAGGAGAUUGACUGCAGAGUGGAGGAGGAAGAGGAGUUGAGUGUGAAACUGCUUGAAGUCUGCCGACUAAGGAAAGGCAUUGAUGAGCUGAGAAGAAACAUCUCUGAGCGCUGUGAUCAUUUCUUGGGUAAUGGGAGACCCCCACCACACUGAUAUGUGACCAAACAAUAGAUUAAAGUGAUGGAAAUCCUCAGACCUCACAGAAUGCGGACUCAUAUGAUAUUCCUUGUAGACACAGCGCAACUUUCUGAGAGAUUUUCCUGAUGUCUUGGUGGACCAUGAAGCUCCCUUCCACUGUUAAAAUCAUCUCUUCCUGGCUGAACUCAGUCUGUUCAGAUCCUGUCACAAUUUCUGUUUCUGGUGGGAUCUGUUAAUCUUUUUUCUUGUGCUCAAAUGUUUAGAAAACUAAAUAUUCAGGUCCACUUUUAUGCAGAUGACAACUAGCUCUCCAAACCCAAAUCUGCUCACUUUACCCUUUCUACUUUAGUUUCCAGAAGUCUUGUUUAGUUUGUCUUUAUCAAACUAAACUGGUAAAAAGGAAUUAAUAGUUUUAAAUCAAACACAAACAAAUGUGUUCUUCCUCUGGUGUUUGAGGUCUAAUAAGCUUUUUCGACAGCACUUUUUUUUUCUAAAGAUAUUGCCUCUUGGCUGACUUCCAUCUUUACAGCAAUAACUCUGUCCAUUUAUAACCAACACCUCAGAAGGGCUGUUACUUUUUGUCGUAUUCUUUUCUUUGCACAGGCAGCUUAAACUGCUUCGCCACCUCCAAAAAAUUAUACUAAUGAUACAAAAAAACAAGUUUUGAUUGAUCAACAGAAUUUGAUUGUGUGUGGUGGAAUGCACAUUCUUUGGUUUGGCCGGUCCAAACUUUUGUGUGACGGUGCACACAAGUCCACCCAAAGUUAUUCUUUGUUCAUCCCAGCGUGUGGAUCCUCGGUCGGGCAACGUUUUAUUAGUUCUUACCGAAAGGCGGCCUCUUGACUUUGUUGUGGAGGCAAGUUUCAAAUCCAAAACAACAGGAACCCUGCCAGUUCACCAAGUAACCAGAAAGUUAGUCUACGUAUACAAACAGGCACAGUCUGAAUCAAAAAGGAUCUUCAUCUUUGUGGUUAGAAUUAAAAUCUGAAGUAGAUAAACCAGAAGUAAAAUUUUACAUUUCAAACCAAACUUGUUCUGAAUGAGAGUGCAGUAUUUUUAAAUGACAUGCAACAGUUGAAUCUUCAGCUCUGAAUGGGUUUGUUGGGUGUGUUCCAACAACUGUCUAUAUACUAAAAUGGGCGGCCUUGGUGCAGUGGUCGACCUCUGAUCGGAAUACUACAGGUUUGAUUCCUGCCUUGCCCAUCCAUGUGUUGAAGUGUGCUUUGGGCUUUUAGGAAGCUAGAAUAGCACUAAACUAGUAUAUGCCAUUUACCAAAUGUAUUCAAAUCCGUCCAAUGAAACGAUGCGUUAUUCCAACGCUUUGUCUGCUGUCAUUUACAAGUAUGAAGCUUUUCCAUCCUUCCCUCUUCAGACAGCUAGACUUCCCGUUUAUUCUCCUCACUCACAACCAUCCAUCCUUCAUCUCCAUUCCUUAAAGUCCCACUCCGAUCAUCUUUUGAGCUAUUUUGAAAGCGUUCCCAGUGUCUUUUAAUUUAUGAUUAUGCUCCUCCUUAACCUGAUGUGUCAAAAGGGAUUUUUCUGCAUUUUCAUUGUUUUGUCUUAAUUUUAAAAUGUUUCUUUUUUUAUUGUUUUUACUUUAUUUAAAAAGUGCUUUUUAUAAUGUCUAUGCAUAACAAAUAUUAUUUUUAUUGUAUAUGACCCAACUGCCUGCGUUGUUUUUUUUGCAUGUUAACCAAAAAUGUAAGUUGGAUUAUGUUCAUACUACAAGUCUUAAUCCUUAAAUCUUUUUUCUUCUUUUGCUUUUGUUGCUAAAUGUUCUUGUUUUUUUUAUGCACAUUUCAUAUAAUUCUAACGCGAGCGCCAUUAGUCCUAAAUCGAGAAGAUUUGACUUCAGUCAUUUCAGAAGUAAACCCAUGUGCUACUUACUUAGCACCUUUUUUAAUUUUCUCCAGUGCAAAAUUGUAAUUAUUUUUACUAUAUUUACCUCUGUUGAUCCAAGAGAGCCAAUAAGGUUAGAGGUCCCUACCUACAACAGAAGAACUCAGCUGAAGUCACCUGAUGAAAGACAAUCUAGGAAAUUGACCUUAAAUGUCAUUUAAGACAACGUAAUUUUUUUUUUACCGGUUAGACUCUUGGGGAAAUUAUAUUAGAGGAAACUUUAUUUUUAAGUAUGAAUGAUGUCUUAGCUUUAUUUGCAUAAACCUGACAGGAAAUGUGCUGUCAGGCCAUUUUUAGGAACCUUUAUCGGUCAGGCACUUUGUCAAAUUUACCAGAAAAUGUAUUAAAACUGUUUUAAUGUAUCUGGUUUUUUUUAUAAUUAUCAGAAUAAAAUCAGAAAUGGUCGGGGUGA